CCCCCAAUCAGAUCCUAGGUUUCCUCCUAUCCGGCAACGUCACUGCUUACAGCGCGGGAGAUGAAUUCAACAAAAGUUGUACUUUCAGAAUUGCCGCCAACCCACCGCUGACUGCUGACUCUGAGAACCGAGGUGCCAUGCCUUGCGAACGAAAGCCUAUGCGCUACGGCCAUUCGGAAGGCCACACCGAUGUCUGCUUCGAUGAGCAAGGAAAGUGCAUCCUCACCUGCGGAAGCGAUGGCGAUGUCCGUAUCUGGGAGAGCCUGGAUGAUGACGACCCCAAAUCAAUAAAUGUUGGAGAGAAGGCCUACUCUCUAACCCUCAAGAAUGGGAAGUUGGUCACCGCGGUGUCCAACAAUACAGUGCAGAUCCACACUUUUCCUGAUGGGGACCCCGAUGGCAUACUCACCCGUUUCACCACAAAUGCCAAUCAUGUCGCUUUCAACCACAGCGGCACCCGAGUGGCUGCCGGCUCCAGUGACUUCCUGGUGAAGGUAGUGGAGGUAGCAGACAGCGGUCAGCAGAAGACCCUUAGAGGACAUGAGGCUCCUGUUCUCAGUGUGAACUUUGACCCCAAAGAGGAGUUCCUGGCUUCAUCUAGCUGUGAUGGAUCAGUGGUUGUGUGGAACAUUGAUGAGCAGGUCCAAGUGACCAGCUGGGACAUCCUCCAGAAGUCCAGUGAUGUCACAAAUGCCAAGUCUCUGUGUCGACUUGCCUGGCAGCCCCAGUCCGGGAAGCUCCUGGCGGUCCCCGUGGAAACCAGCGUCCAUCUUUAUGAGAGGAACACCUGGAGCCACGUUAGCUCCCUCGCCGAUGAUUUCAUCACACAGGCCAUAAACGUCAUCAUCUGGUCCCCCUGUGGACGCUUCUUGGCAGCGGCCACCGUUGGAGGGUACCUGUGCGUUUGGGAUGUGGAGACAAAGCUGUGUUUAGAGAGGCAGAAACACGAGAAGGGCUACACGGUGUGUGGGAUGGCGUGGCACCCCUCUGGGGGGCAGAUAGCUUACACGGACACAGAGGGCUGCCUCGGCCUGCUGGACGGGCUUGCGACCGCUUCUGCUGCUGCGGCACAGCCCACCAAGAGCCUCAAGGCUAAGGAGAGCAAGGAGACAAAGGACUACGAUGACCUGUUUGACGAGGAUGACAACCAGUUCCUCGAUGAAGAGGCGACUGAGUCUCGAUCGCCCGCGAAGAAGAGUGCUGUUGGUGAGGACGAAGAUGACGACGACGAUGACCUCAUGCCUGCCACGGGCCGACCUCGCCACAGGAGCAGCUUCCUGGACGACGACAACUCCCAAGAUGCAGGGUCCGUCAACCUGGACAAGUAUGAUGCCGCCGACGAUGCCAGCAGCGCCAUCGUGCCUAAGGUGCCCGCGAUGGUGCCAAGGCCGGUGUACGAGGGCCCCAUGCCCACCCCCCCACAGAGGCCCUUCCAGGCCGGCUCCACCCCUGCCCAUCUCAUGCACCGCUUCAUGAUGUGGAACUCCGUGGGGAUCGUGCGCGGCUACAACGAUGAGCAGGACAAUGCCAUCGACGUGGAGUUCCACGACACGGCCAUCCACCACGCCAUGCACCUGACCAACUCACUCGGGCACUACGUGGCUGACCUAUCCCAGGAGGCUGUGCUGCUGGCCUGCGAAAGCACCGACGAGCUUGCCAGUAAGCUCCAGUGUCUGCACUUCUCCUCCUGGGACACCAGUAAGGAGUGGAUGGUGGACCUGCCCAAGGGGGAGGACGCCCUGGCGGUGUGCCUGGGUCAGGGCUGGGGAGCCGUAGCCACCAGUGGCCUCCUGGUGCGCCUCUUCUCCAUCGGGGGCGUCCAGAAGGAGGUGUUCAGCCUACCCGGACCGGUGGUGUGCAUGGCGGGGCACGGGGAGCAGCUCAUCAUAGCCUACCACAGAGGUACGGGCUUUGACGGGGAGCAGUCUCUGGGUGUGCAGCUGCUCCAGUUGGGGCGGCGCAGAAGGCAGGUGAUCCAUGGGGAGCCCCUCCCCCUCUCCCGCAAGUCUUACCUGGCCUGGCUUGGCUUCAGCGCAGAGGGAACCCCAUGCUGUAUUGACUCAGAGGGAGUGGUGCGACUGCUAAAUCGGUCCCUGGGCAACACGUGGGCCCCCGUGUGCAACACCAGGGAACACUGCAAGGGCAAGUCCGACCACUACUGGGUGGUAGGCAUACACGAGAAUCCCCAGCAGCUCAGAUGUAUCCCCUGUAAAGGCUCUCGAUACCCCCCAACUCUGCCCCGCCCUGCAGUGGCCAUCCUGCCCUUUAAACUGCCCCUGUGUCAGACCACCACAGAGAAGGGCCAGAUGGAGGAGCAGUACUGGCGCUCGGUGAUCUUCCAGAACCAUCACAGCUUCCUGGCGUCGAGCGGCUAUGAGAUAGACGAGGACGGCCAGAACCAGGCCCAGAAGGAGCAACAGGAGCUACUCAUGAAGAUGUUCGCUCUGUCAUGUAAGCUGGAGCGUGAGUUCCGCUGUGUGGAGCUGGCGGAGAUGAUGACUCAGAGCGUGGUGACGCUGGCCAUCCGUUAUGCCUCGCGCUCCAGACGCAUGGCGCUGGCCCAACGCCUCAGCGAGCUCGCCCUGGAGAAGGCCAAUCAGGAGCAGCAGGAGGAGGAAGAGGAGGAGCCACACCACACCACUCCCAACUUGGGGUACAGACACAGUAGUGAGGAGUGGAGAGGAGCGAGGCAGAGCAACAGCCGAACACCACAGCAGAACAGACACGAGGAGGAGGAGGAGGAGGUGGAGGAGGAGGAGGAAGAAGAGACUCAGGACGAGCAGAUGGAGGCUGAGGAAGCAGCAGAGAGCAGGAAGCCACGUUUGAACCCCUUCAAGAAGGGACCAGCAUCCCCAGAGAAAGCCUCUCCUAAACCUGUUUCUACAGUAAGCAAGGACGGAAGAGUGAAUCCUUUCAAGGUGUCUGGGCCAGUCAAGCAAUCAGCCUCGCCCGCUGGCCGGGCAGGGAACGUUCUGGAUACCAUGACGAUGUCCAAUCGCAAGCCCGCAGCGUCGGCCACCACGGGGUCCAAGCAGAACAAAGCGCUCGUGCUGAAACCCUUAGUUCCCAGGCCCAAGUCUAAGACCCAGGCCACACUGCUGCAGAUGAGCUCCAGGUCUGUGAGUAAGAAGAAGGAUGAGAAGGAGAAGGAGAAAGAGAAGGAGCCCGCUACGGAGAGACUGAAGCAGGCGGAGGAUGCCACACCACCUCAUUCUGCUGGGGACAACCAGGAGAACCGCAGGCCAAAGACGGGCUUCCAGCUGUGGCUGGAGGAGAACCGUAAGAGCAUCCUGGCUGAUGAUCCAGACAUGGAGGAGACCGCAGUCAUUAAAGAGGCCAUGGGGCGCUUCAGGACCUUAUCUGCGGAGGAGAGAUUGUCCUGGACGGAGAGAGCGAAAGGAGACGUGGGGGACGUGAAGAAGAGAAAACGAGAGGAGGGUGAGGGGCGAGAGGAUGAAGGUGAAGAUCAGCAGCGAGAGGAGGCCAGUGCGAAGAAAAAGAAACCUCUGGACACUUCCGCCAAACUCUCCGCAUUUGCCUUCAGCAAAAACUAAACACACCGCUACAAAUAACUUAUUUGGCUUUUUGCAUUCUAGUAACGUUCUUCAGGUGUGUUCUUUUAUACAAAUGCAGCCCCUGGGUGGCCAAGCACACUUUGUUAUACUGCAGGUUUUUCCUCUUGUGAUGUUUGACUCAUGUUGUGGAAUAUCUCAUGUCAGGGGCUUGAAGGUGCUGGAGAUUUACUAGUGGUAAAUCAUUCAAAACUAAAAUGAUAGAUGUAAGAUAAGAAUGACUGGUGUAAGAUAGAGGUUUUUAUAUCCAUUUGAAUUUGGUAUACGGUUUUGAUAAAUCUUUGGUUUGUAUGUUUGUAAUCUGUGUUUUGUCAUUUUUGUAAUGUCCCUUUUUACAGUCAUAAAAUAAU